CCUGCAGCUCCUGCGCAAGCUCGUAUCAAACUAACGAUUGUAGAUUAGAUUGUGAUUGGCGACUAGCAAUUACUUCUCUGUCAAUUAGAAAAAGCAGCCACUAAUUGAGAUUAGUGACUGCACUUAAUUGCAGUCACUAAACAAUAUUCUAUUUUAUAAUUAUCAAUUGCAACCCAAUCGGCAAUUUCAGUGUGACACAAGCUUUAAACAUAGUACCUGGCGUCAUCUAGCAAUGAAAAUCUUCUUCUCUCUACGAGUCGCCACUGUUUCAAUUAAAAAAUCGAAGUCAUACAAUUCAACUGUAAGUCAGGAGGCUUUUUUAUUUUCAAGUAGUACGACACACUGCAGAUACCGCCGCGCUCUUGAUAUUACGAUGUAUGUUGGUCGCAUCGUUGUUGGACAAUAAGAAAUAUGUAUGAACAAGCGGCAAGCAACUGGGCUGUUGGUCUGUACUCUCUGUUCGAUCCAACAAAUUUUCUGCCCUUCGUGCCGCAUUUAUGGAACAAACAAGUGAUAGUUUCGCGUUAUCCGAGCCACACGAAGGUACGAGAUACUGAUGUACUCGUGGGAUACCUUAUAAUAUUCUGGGUGACGGUGUAUCUAUUGUAUGAAAAAUGCCUUAACUCGCUGUUCAGACGUAUGCGUUUCCCGUUGGUACAACGAAACAGAAUAAUCAAGGCGGUAUGGAACUGUGGAUUCUGCUUCGGUAGUAUAUGUUACAUGAUGUCAUCGGCUACUCAAAUCUUGAGUGUUGCACCUCAAGAACAGGGAAUGACAUAUCAGGAGUUAGGGAUUGCUCUGCACAAGAGCUUCUACUUUCACCAGGCUGGAAUCAAUAUACUAUGUCAUGGUGUUUGGAUGAAGGGUUGCGCAAACUUACUCUUUGCAUCAUUCAUCUUGAAUCCAUAUCGACAGAAUUAUAGGUGGUGUACGAUUACAAGUCUUUUUCUAAUGUACAAAACCAUUGACAUUGUGAUAGUUAAUAUUUGUCGAGUAUUAUUGUGCAUUCUCCAAUCUGCUGGAAGACCAAUUUGUAAAAUAAUAUUCCUAUUGCACUGCCAGAUUUGGAUAUAUUUGUACUUGUAUUAUGUACCUACAUAUAUGUUCUGGUCAGAAGGAAGUAAAUAUGCAAGAAUAGAGCCUGGCUUGUGGCUUUGGUUUACAACAGAAUGUUUAGAUUCAAUAUGGUUGAAGGUCUUUAGACAUGCAAAGGCUACACAUUGGCUUGAAAUCUGCUUGUUUCCACCGCCAACGCAAGAAGCGAUUGAAUUGGCAGGCAUUCAUAAAAGGCAUAAAGAGUCUUUGAGGAAAUUUAAUAAUAAAAUAUCGAAGAAAGCCGAAUUGUGGCAAACAUUAGUUUGUGCGAUGGCGAUCAAGAAGAAAAUUAAGAAAAUUCGUCAAGCGAAGAAUAACAAUACAAAUUUACCAAUGGAAGAUUCCGAAGAAGAAACUGACCUGCUUCAAGCGCACGUAGAAAACGAGAUAUCAGAGGAAGAUUAGUAGUUCGUAUAAAAACAAUUCUAAAAAGUGUUUAAUUACGAAACUCAAAUUAACGACGAGAGUCGUCCGCACUUUUGUCAAACGAAAGGGCGAUAGUUGUAUCAUGAUAUUCCGAGUAUUGAAAAUUUUCUUUUAUACUAAAUUAUUUUAGCGUACCGACAACACGCAUUAUUUGCAACGAGUAUUAUUCACUCGAUUCGCAUGUACUUAUAUCUGUAUAUAAUUUUAAAUUAGAGUAGGAGAAUGAAUGGUGCAAGCAUAGAAGGUACAUUGUGUCUUCUGACGCGAUGCAAGAGUGACUAGGUCGAAUAACGAAAGACUGUACCGUGUAGAUUUUAUACAAAUUAAGUUUAUUCGAGAAUUUCGUAGAGACGUACACCGACGCUUACGUAGAAAAUUGAUUAUCGCGUUUACACGUAUAUUGCUUAGUGGGACAUCUCGUCAAUUGUAUUGCGUCAAUCGUAUGCCGCAGCUGGAAGGAUCCCAAAUUAGCUAGACGUCCCAGCGACAUUAAAGUCAAAUUAGCGAUGCGUUUUGUCGAGACUGGUAUUUGGAGACACUAUUGUGUAUUGUUAGUCAUCUUGUUAACCUUUGACAUAACCCAAAGCACUUAAUGGUUACGCUAGUCAUGACAUAGACGUAAUAUGAUAUACGAUCGUCGAAGUGGCAUUAUUAUGCGAAUCAAACACACGUUUCUCUGUGCGAAAUGAUUGUACGCGAAUCCUCGAAACGGCGGGGUCGUGUUCCUCGAGCUAUAUAUAGAUGGAAUACCAUCUAAAUCUACAUUAUUUAUUACAGAAUGCGUUUAUCAUGUAGUGCGUUUGCAUCGACAAGAUUUACGAUGAAUCGCACUUUGGCGUCGUCAACUAAUUUGCGAGAUAUAGAAUCGAGGUAUAUGAACUCGAGACACACGAGUACCAUACUUGUUUAUGUGGCAGUAGGUAGAGAAUGUAUAAAACGAGCGGAUUACGUUACAUCGUGCAUUGUUGAGCAAUGAAAUCGUAUUAUCGCGGCAAUUUUAGGGGUGAUGCCGGAAACGUACUUAAUUUAUGUGCGUUAGUUUCUCGCUCAAAGUCGGAAGACGGAUAUCCUUCGCGUCGGUUCCGCUCUCCUUUCAUCUCAUAGGGAAAAAGAACUCAACUAUUCAAGUCAUACAUCAUUUCUAAACGCGCGCGGAUACGUUGUCUUCCGUUCGUUGGUGAUGAGGAUAUUGUCCUGUUACGUUCCAACUAUCUAGUUAAUGUACAACGUAAAUGAAGACAACGAUGAUUCGUUAGAUAAGUUUAAUGGACCUUUAUAGACACACUCACACACAAAAUGUCUCGUUAUAUUACUUUAUGUUGUGUGUAUACGGGGGUUUUAUUGGUAUGCUCAUGAACGUAUAUCGUCAGAGGGAUGCGACUUACGUUUAACUACCACUGCGCUUAUCAACGUGCAACUCGUAGUUAUUAAUCGCCUACGCAUGCACACGCGAGUACGACGCACUGUUCGUUAAAACGAACAAUUCCAGUUGAGAGACUUCGUGUGAAGAUUCGUCUUGGCGCGACAACAGUGAGCCGGUUGAACGGUGUGUAACACCGUCGCCGUGUUAACUCUGUAUUAACUUCGUUAAAAUUGUGAAAAAGUGUCAAAGCAAUAAAGAAUGGCGCUUUUU